UUACUAUUGCAUCUACUUGGAAAAAGAGACUGGUGUUUGCAGAGCACAACGUUCAGUGCACAAGAAUCGUCACCAUAGGCCUAUUGCGACCAAGCGGCGAAUAGUCUGGGAUUCAUAGUUUUCAUCGAAUUUUGUAUUUUGUCACAAUUAAGUUUAUAGACCGUCAUUCUCUUUUCCAGAACAACAAAUGGCAGAUAUACGUAAGAAACUUGUCGUGGUUGGCGACGGCGCGUGUGGAAAAACCUGCUUGCUUAUUGUAUUUAGCAAAGACGAGUUUCCAGAGGUGUAUGUUCCAACUGUGUUUGAGAACUAUGUGGCUGACAUUGAAGUGGACACUAAGCAAGUCCAACUAGCAUUGUGGGACACAGCCGGCCAGGAGGACUAUGACCGCCUUCGCCCACUGUCCUAUCCGGACACUGAUGUCAUUUUGAUGUGCUUCUCAGUGGAUAGCCCAGAUUCACUUGAAAAUAUUCCUGAGAAAUGGGUACCAGAGGUUAAACACUUUUGUCCAAAUGUGCCCAUUAUUCUUGUAGCGAACAAAAGGGAUUUGCGUAACGAUGAGAAUGUCAGAAACGAGUUGUCCAGAAUGAAGCAAGAACCUGUAAAAACCGAGGACGGACGAGCCAUGGCCAUGCGCAUUGGCGCAUAUGACUAUUUGGAGUGCUCUGCGAAAACUAAGGACGGUAUACGGGAAGUGUUUGAGACUGCGACACGCGCUGCUUUACAGAAGAGAUCCAGUCCAUCUACAGGUUGUGCCAAUUGCUGUCUGUUGUUAUGAAUAAACGACCACGACGAGCGACGACCACUGUAGACUACUCCGUUAACACCACUAAGAUCGGUUUUCUUUCCCUGAGAAUCAUCAUUGAAUAACGGUGGAUCCAUAGCAUGGACCUAUUCGCCAAUUCAGUUGACCUAGAUUGAGUCUGCCAAGUCCACCAUUAAGAUUAGUUAGAGGUCCUAUGCCAAAUAAAUUAUUUCUAAUGCGAGGGUAUCCUACAGGUUUACUAAAGAAUGCUGCUUCAGAGGGCUUGCACAGGUCUUAAUUGGCACACGGCAUUUGAUGGACAUCAUAAUGGAAUUGUGAUGGUAAUACAAACGAGUGGUUUCAAGGACAAAAACCAACGCAUCUUCAUUACUACAGACUACUUAAUCUACCAGUGUUGUCAAGUUUUAUUUAUAUGAAAGACUCAAGCUUACAAGCCAAGUUUUAUUGCACAAUGAAAGGGUUGUAUCUUUCAUUAGACGUUCUGUUUUUUAAUGUAUCUGAAUACUUUUGCCACAGGUUCUUUUGUUUUGGUCAAGCUGCUUUCACAAAGACUUCCUCCAGAAGGCUGUGUAUUCUGCCUUUGUGUCAGUAUUUCAUAGGCACUUGACUAUAUCAGGUCAGGGAAUAUGUAUAGCAGCUUCAAUGUGUACUUCACAUUGACAUUUAGUCAUUUAGCAGACGCUCUUAUCCAGAGCAACUUACAGUAAGUACAGGGACAUUCCCCCAAGGCAAGUAAGGUGAAGUGCCUUGCCCAAGGACACACCAUCAUUUUGCACGGCCGGGGAAUAGAACCAGCAACCUUCUGAUUACUAGCCCGAUUCCCUAACGGCUCUUGCCACCUGACUCCCAUACUGUAUUGUGAAUGUCAUAUGACAUAAAAAGUGCAAUAUUUGUAUGUCCUCAAGAAUUUGCUAGUUGAAAAAAUAUAUACAUUAUUUUGUGCUUUUAAAAAGAUACUAUGAUUUUAUUACAGCCUGUUUAGUCACGUUGAAUGCCUUGAUGAUCCCAAAAGUGCAAUAACGUAAAAAUGUUUAGUAAAGUCCCGAUGGCAUCAAUGAAACCACCAUAUUUACUGUAUUCUACUUAGCCCAGGAUCUUACAACUUGGUUUCUAAAUAAAACUCUUAAUAACCUGAUUAUUACUAUGUCAACUAUGAGGAAGUAUUUGGUGUAUAUUAGUUACAGAUAGAGCAUGUUUAUAUUUGUUUUUUCAACAGUAAAGUGGAUAUGAAGUGUAUUUUUACAGAAACUGUGUAAAUAGGAUUGCAGCACAAUAAGAGGAAACUAACCCAAAACACAGAAAGCACACAUAAAGCACUGUACUAUAUUAUGGACUGGGCAAACAGGAAAUCAGGAAGACUGUUUUUUGUCACAGCCCACCAACACAAAAAGUAACUGGAAGUACAAAGUUGGAUUUCAUAUCAAGGGCUUUAACUACAGAUUAUGUUUGUCUAAUUUAAUGCAAACAUGUUGCAUUCGUGUUAUGUAAUGGACAGUGUUUCAUGACAGCAUUUAACGUCAUUGUUACAAUUGAUUUCCUUUGGUCCCUUACCAAUAGGGGAUUUCUUUGGGAUGUAAAGAGCUCGGUCUUGAUUUGGGUUCAAUCAUUUAAAAGGCACAUUCUUUCUAAAUGUCUGUUGCUGGGCUGUUUGUUGACAGGAACUACAUGUUCCCUCUCUCUCUCUCUCUCUCUCUCAUCACAUCUGUGCAAUCAAUCUUGUGUCAUUUUGUGUCAUACAAAAGUUUUAGUACACUGUGUUGUUUGUGUGUUAUACUGCAGAAAAUGGACAUUAAGCCAGAAAAAGUAUUGAUAGAAACUAAACAGUGUUAUUUAAUAUUUUCUCAUACAUUCAGGAUAAUGGCACUAUAGAAGGGGUCAACUGAAACCACAGUGAAGUCAUUCGAGUGGACUAUGUAUCUUGGAAUUACACUGAGAGGGAAACAAAUGGAAAGUUUUAAAUAGAAAAGCGAUGCAGAAUACAGCCAACAGCAGUCAAAUCAAUAAAUAAAUCCAUACAUUUCUCCAUCACUGGCUUUCUGUUUUCCAUUUUCACAACCAAGCGGAACUAUUAAUAGUAGGGGUGGAACAAUAUAUCGUGGAACAAUAUAUCACAAUACAACAUUUUUACAAUAUGUAUCGUAGAGUUAUGGCAAUAUUUUUACAAUAUGACGUCCGUUUGAUCCUAUUGGUUGAGCUACCAGCACGCGACCUACUCUGCACCUGCGUUAUGUGUGCAUUCAUUGCAUUCACAGAAAUCGCUUGAACGGAGUUAACUAAAUUGUAUGUACAACAAAGAAAAUUAUUAUGUUUAAUGUUUUGGAAAUAAAUCUGUUAAGUGAAUUUCAGUUGAAUUUAAAAUGUUGUUCAAAAUAUCGUGAUACGUAUUGUAUUUUACACCCAGUAUCGUGAUACGUAUCGAAUAGUGAGCUGAGUGUAUCGUUACACCCCUAAUUAAUAGGGCAGUUUCAUGCCUCAUUAAAUUUGUAUAGGCCUCACUAAUCCAGAAGCAGUAUUUCAUGUCUGUGCAUACACGUUUUGAGAGCUAUUAAAAUAGACUUUAAAUGUGAAAUAUCCUGUCAUGUUCUGUUGUGCUUUGGUACCCAUUCAUAGAUGCCUACCUUUUAUCUCCAUCAAAGGAUGUGCUUACGCUCUGCCAACAGAAAGUCAGCAACCAAGAAUGCCUUUGCUUUCUGUUGUCAUGAAUUACUUUGUUAAUAGCUGAUGUCAUGCUGUGGACUGUGGAACAUUUUUAAGGGGAGGGACACUUUAGCCUGCUCUGUAUUUAGCUUGAGAGAUGAAAAUGACACAAUGCUAAAUUUAUAAAGGGUGUUUUCUUUAUUCUGUCCAUAAACAAAAUACAGUUUAAGUAGAGUACAUACAUUUGAUCAAGUAAAGCAAGUUUUGCAGUGAGUAACAAUGAAUUUGGAAAAUGUCUUCAUUUCUGUUGCUGUGAGGCUUACGUGUAUAAUCUUACUUGAUGAUCUUCUCUGUUGUUGAACACUUAGUAAGUACAAGGGUUACUAAAAUAUUUCAUUUCAUGUGGAACUUAAUUUCAACUUUUGUUAAUUCAAAGAGAAUGACUGUAACACUAAAGUGUGUAGAAGGAGUUAGAAAAAUUAAACUUGCAUUCCAAAUGGUCUUUAUUUAUGUGUUUAGGUUUUUAAAUACAGACACAAGGGGGACAUAGUAAUAUCAGCUGAGGUGGUAGACAUCUGAAUAAUUAAUACUAAAACAAAAUAAGCAAUUUACAAAAAAAAUGUGGGGAAAAACAUGGAAACAUGCCUUUGCCUGAAUAACUAGGACUGUUGCAUACAGAAUGACAACAAUGUAGGUUUAGUUGUUUUCCAUGUCUAGCUGUUUCAGACAUACUUAAGUGAUUUAAAAACAUUCUUUGACUGAAUAGCAUUGGUUACAGGUUACUGGUUCAAUCUGCCUGGUCAGAAAAUGGAAUGUCAAUUUCUAUCCUUCUAUCAGACACUCUCACAUACGACUCUGCAUGCUUGGAUAUCUCCUUAAGGAACUCUAUAACCAUGUUGUGGAAAGCAUUCAGGCGCUUGACCACUGAGCCAAUCCAUGACUGGAUGUCAGCGUUCAGCUGCUCAAUAGA